UAUAAUAAAUUCUUAAUACGAAGGACUUUGUAUUAUUUUGUUAUUCGUAUCUCUUAGCUCACAAGUCACGAGUCAUUUUCUUACCGAAAGGAAGGGAAAAAAGGGCAAAGUCCUGUGUAAAUUAUCUUCUCCUCCUGCUCUGCUACUAUAGAGAAGAAAACAAUGGUGGACCAAACCUUUCUUUAAAGCCCAACAGUAAAGAGAAUCCAACUCGUAAGCUCUACCACAAUCAGUUAAUGCCAACAAAAAGCAGCAACUUGCGGCUGAGAAAUGAAGUAAGCAGCGAGCUAGCUCGAUCUGCUUAUGAAAAAGAGAGUGACCGCAAAACAGACACACCUACCGCUUUACCCCAAAUGAAUAAAUUCAGUAGCACAGAGAGUACGUACACAGUACUGCACUGUUUGGACCGACAAAUCUCGACUCACGUUUCAUUCGACUGAUCUCUUCGGAUUGUGUUUUGGGGGGGAGGGGGGGGGGAUUUGUAGAAAGACGAGGGAGCUUCUUGAUCUGCACUUCAACGAACAAGUCAGUUGUUGGUAUACUGAUGUGUGUAGAAAGAAGAUAUAUAGAGGUAGCUAAAAGUGUGAUGCGUGGUGAAAACAUCUCUCUUUCGGAGGACUCGAGAAGUAGCAGGCGUAAAUAUUGUUUUUUUUUUUUUUUUACAAGUAGAGUUGUUGAAUUUGAAUUUUUUUAGCAAAUAGUGAUUAGAGGAUAUGAAACUCAUAACCUAUUGUUCAUACUCAUCUUGUUCCUGCCAGUAAUGUCUUAAGUGCUAAGCUGAAAUUAAAAGGGGAAGAAUUAUUAUAGUGAUCAUUGAUGAUAAGUGCCUUUCAAAAGUUCAUAAAAAUGUGGAAGGAAACCGUACCACUCACUCACAAGGAAGGACGAGGGGAGGGUAGGUAAGGAUUGACAGCAAGCAAUGAAUAAAAUGGGGCUUGUUAUUUUUGGUUUUAUGCUUUCACUUUCUAUGGAAAAAUACACAAAGGGACAAAUAUAGUGACAUGGUGUCCGACGGUAAUUUCGAGUCACUGGUUUAACGGAGCGAUGAUUGUUUUCACUAAAAUGUUCUUAUAAAUUAUGCAAGAUUAAACAAACACAAUACAGACAAGGAAUUAAUUGGAAAUCGUUGAAAAUUAUAUUUCGUCAUGAUCUUCAACUCUAGAAUCACCUAAAUUUCCAUAAGGGGAUAAUUGCACAUAUUUAGGAAAUAAGAUGAAGAAUUACAAGGAAGGCGACUAUUUUGGUAGAAAUUGUCUUGAGUUGGCUCUUCGUACCAAGCCAAUCAAGUCUUCAAGAUCUAGAAUCAAUUUGUCAUGCUCCUACGGUCUCAGUGCCUAGUUUGGCUCUAACCAUCACACUUAUACUCCAUAGGCAUCGAAUUGGUGGAUUCUGGUUGCAAAAUUAAUGAAUUUUGGAAACCAUCCAAUAUGGGUUUAAAACCCGCAAAUUUGGGCGAAUUCGAACGUUCGUAAACUCCUUCAUCCAACCUCCAAUUCCAUCUAAUUUGAACCCACAUGCUUUAUUUUUGUCCUCUUCGAUGUAAUGUUCAAAAUAAACGUAAACAACUUUAAGCGAAUCAAAAUGGUCCAGAGGGAUGCAAAAAAGCUUUAUUCUUUCCCUCUUCGACCUCAUUGGGAAUGGAAUUCAGGAACACAACAUUAGAGUUCACGGACGUGAGUAUCAUUUACAUCACCAUUGAGUUCUUAAGAUAGAUUAUACCCAUAUGCUUUCCUUACAUGUUUUGUUAAAACAUGCAAAAUCGACAUAUAAAUUAGUUUUGCUCUGACAAAAUUAUAUUACUUACUAAAGCGAUGUAACGGUUAAAACUUAUUUGAGAGCCUUGCUCUCAAGUCUUUCUUAGUUGCUAAUAAGUAAUAUUUUCUGCAUUGUUGGAUAUUUAGUGGUGGUACUUAUUAAUCUUUCGAUUGGGAAAUCCAUUUUUUCCACAAAGAAAAUAACCUAAAAUCACGUGACCCUAAGUUCCCCAAAUAUACAAAAGGUUAUUUCGUUUACAUAGAAAUGCCCAACUUGUUCCCUAGACCAGAUUCCUUUGUUUGUUUGUUCUUUUUUCUGUAUGUGGUGCAAAAUAAACAAUAAUAAAAGGACGACAAUAAUGCAUAUGAUAUUAUGAUAUCUUAUUGACAAUAAUUGUGAUAAAAAAGCACAUUUCCGUGAAUGAAACUAUCAACCAUUCAUAUAAAAGACCAUUUGUCGAAGGAAGAAAGAAAGAAAAAGGGGCUAUCAACCCAAGUGAUAGGCUAUUUAGCACCUUCUUCUACGCCUUAUAUAUAAGCCAAGUUGCUCCAUUAUUGUUUCCUUUUCACUUUUAAUAUCUUCCUUUUCUUUUUAUUUCUUAUCUUCUUUUCCAUCUUUUAUAUCUUGAUAGGGUUUUCUUUUUAUUUUUUUUAAGAAUUUUUUUAGGGUUAUGGAGAAUUCCUCCCAUGAUAGGAUGAGCUCACUCAUUUGACGUAGCGGUAUUUCAAAUCCCAUAAAUCAACAAACACACGAACACAUAAACUCACGUCGACUUGGUUUGUAUUGGAACUAAAGGAGAAUGCAUGUGCAUGAAAACAUUUUUUUGCUGUGUUUCGAUACUAAUAGAAAAGGCUAGUAAAAACAGAGCGGGCUGGUGGUACUUAUACAAGAUGAAGGGGUACUGCUUCUCAAGAGAAGCAACUGCUAGCUAGGGUAGUUGGUGUGGAGCAAGUGAGCGAAAAUAUUUAUUCGGUAAUGUGUUGGAUAUAAGAUGACGAUUUCGAUCUGACACGACCUACGCGACAUGCUUGACAUGUUACUCGUCAAGCGUGACGAGAAUAGGUAUUCUCCUCGAUCCGACUCACUCCACACUCCAUUUUCGACGAGUUUACCUAAAUUAUAUAUACUUUUACUCAAAUUUAUAACUUUAAUUUAUUAUAUCAUAUUUUAGGUAUGAAAAUACCCUUCCCGACUUGCCCAUUUAUCAUUAGCAUGUAUAUCAAACUGUUUCACAUCUUUUCAUCCAAAGGAAUUAUAUAUAAUAAAGAAGACAAAAAUCUUUCAUAUCUUGAGUCUUGACGAGACAGUGAGUUACGUUAAAUGGCGUACGUGGUCCAGAAUCCAGCAAAAUGGAAAGGGAACUCCGAGGGAGAAAGCGAGCUGAAGCCAAUCUGCAGCCACACAUUAUCAGUGAGUUCCUCCGGCCGGUCGAGUGACUGGACGGCAAACUGUCUGCACCAUUUUUUUUUUCCGGCGGGUCCUUGUCGUCGUGGUAAUAACCUAACCAUGCAUUACUCAAUGAGUAAAAGGGCGCAGUACGGUGCAAGAAGACGAACCCUAAGUUCAGUUGAGCCCACUCGACUGGCUAGCUAGCUCGCACGUGACCAAGCAAAGGGACACAGCAGGGCAGCUGUAUGAUUCUAACCCUUUCUAUUCAAUUGUUUUUGUACACGUGAUUUCCUUCCAUCUUUCCCCACCUAACCCAUUCUUAACAUAUAUGAGAUGUACUGCGUUCACAAUCCUUCUAGAUGCAUGAUGGAAGGAUAAAUGUGAAGAAGAGAGUGUUAGUAAACUAUAUAAUUAAGAUCUAUAAUUGAACCUUUUGCAUUAAUUCGAGUUAUCGUGAUCUACUGGUUCUUGACGCAUGUUAUUAAGAUUUGUGCAAACUUCACGGUCAUAUGAAGUGGCUUUCGUCUGAGUGUGUGUUUGUGUGUGUGAAUUAGUACGUAAAUGACAUGACUGAACCUCUCCCAAACGACUCGAGUUAUUGAAAACCAACAGCUGGUUCUUCACGGAGAAUAUAAUUCUAGCUAGUUCGCGUAGCGAUCACUUUAGCCAUUUGUUGUGGUGAUCGAUCACCCACGUCAACGCUGUAAAUGGCUAAUCACAGUAUAGUGAGCUCUGUGUUCAUAGUCGCGGGGAUAUAAACACAUUUUCAGCAAGACUUCAUGAUAUUUCGCAGUCGAUCAUAGAUAAAAACAACUUGAAGUCAUCAAUUCAGCAUGUAAUUAGUUAUUCUUUGCCAACUUAUAAGUUAUCCAAGAGAUUAGAAUCUGAUGAUCUCUGGUGUAGUUUAUCAAGAUUUUAUCAAGCUUUUUUGGUCGCGCGAAAGAGUCCGGAUUCGUUGGGAUGUGGACCAAAUUGUUAAUGGUGUGAGAUUGAUGGAGAGUGAUCCAAAAUGGGACCUAAGACAGUCUAGAAGGAGUCCCCCACCACAUGGGCACUCGAGUUACUGAUGGACGUAAAUCUAACAUCAAAUCCCCCAUAAGUUUGUAUGUCUUUUGGCAGGAUUUCAAUGAUUCCGAUGCGAAUCUUCUUCAAACAAAUAGAAAAGAAAUGAAGUGCUUCUAGAAGGAAGUCUCGCUAUAUACUUUCUUCCUGAAUGUUUCUCUUUUCGUUCGAAAUUAGCAAAUUCCAUGUGUAGUUCAUUCAUGAUUUGCACUUAAACUAAGGUAUAAUCCAAAGAUUUACCCGACUCGAUUCAAAUUAUGCGAUGAAUAUUCAUAACGAUCGAGAAAAAUUAGUAAUAUUGUAGUUAUUCUUUGUGUAAUCCAUAUUGAAUGAAAUCAUAAGGGUUUAAAUAGCUAUUUAACUCCAACCGACUAAUGAAAAUCACAUAAAUAACAACAAUAUGAUAAUUGCGUGUAGGUAUACACACAAUGACACACCACUCUUGUUUGUCCGCAUUUCCUAACUUAAUUGUUAGAGGUUUAAGGUAUAGUUUGAAUUUGAACUAUUAUAUUAGUGAAACCACAAUAAUUAAUCUAUGAUUCUAAUGCAUAUACAAAACUACCCUAAGACUGUUCUUUGCAACCAUCUUAUCACCUUAAUAAAAGAAAAAAUUAUCAUGACCAAAUCAAGAAAAUACCAACAAAUAUAGAUUAAAUCAUGCUAGAAGUCCAAAGUACACCAGGAUAUUUUCACUUUCUUAUGAUAAUUCUAAAAAAAAAGAAUGUGAACUUUGAAAUCAGGAUCUUUGAAUACAUCCAUACAAUAUGCUAAUUCUUGAAAUCCCAACCAUUACUAAUUACAAGAUUUUGUUAAAUAUAUCAUAAAGGUCUUAAUUAGUUAAAUCACAAAUUUGCCAUGCAUGGUUGUACAAGUGACAGGCGUUACAAACGCACAUGCCCUGCUGCUGCUUUGCGAUAUAACAAUUGACUAGUGUAGCAGCUGAUGUCGAUUAGUACGUAAUCUAUGUUAUCUUCGUUAAUAUAAUUAAAAUUAACAAAGUUGCCAACUUGUUGGGAAACGUGCUGCAUGCAUCUCCCCCACCUAACACUUACAUACUGGCUUGCUGUAUCAUACUCAAAGCAACAACUUGACUGUAGAAUAGAGUUCUGUGAUUAUUACAAACGAAACGAAAGCAAAUUCAUAUGAGCUUGAAGAUCACAUAGAUAUGAAUAUCAUCUGUUUAACAAAUGGGAAUCUUCGAACAUUAGAUCUCUCUGUCGUUCAAAGCUUCAGUACCAUGUCAAUAACCAGUUAGUUUCCAAUCAAUGCAGUCAAAAUCUCACUUUAAAACUUAGACUAGUGACCUUAAAAUAUAUGAAAAAGAUGACAAUUAUGGUUAUUGGAAGUCCAACUAAUGUUAUAUUUCAAAGAUCACAUUUUCUCGUUAGAAGAUUUCUAGCAAUUUUACAAAAUGUUUAAAAACUUACACUUUUAGGAUGCUACCUUUCUUUAUGCUUCUACAUAGAAUGGAUUGAGUAGAGCAAACAUGGGCUUGUUUUAGUGGUUAUAUCGGUUGUCUUCAACAUUUAGGUCUCAGAUUUGAAUAUCUCAAGUAGCAUUUAAAUUAAUUGAUGUCACCCUUAUAAAAAUACAAUAAUAUCAAAAUUCAAAAGUGAACAAAAUUUUAAUUUAGUGGUACAUCGUUUUGAACCUAAAACUCCUCACUUAACCGUAAAAGCUUAUAACCCCUUUACAAAACUAAUGGAUGAGAAUGCAUAGAAGCAACAGCCCAGAUGGUAUUGGGCCGGGGCGGCGGAGCUAGCAACUAGCUCAUUAGACGAAUGAAGACCAACCCACUGGACACGACAAACAUUCAGGACUGCGAUUAAACGUAGGCCCAACUAUUUUUAUGGAUCGGAGUUUGGACUCGCACCUUUUCCACGAGAUAAGCGUAUCGGCUACAUCAAGUCCAUUAAGAUAAGAUUUCCUCGUACAAAAAGAUCCAUUCAGAAGUUAUGAUUAUGCCCGAGUCUGGUAAAUGAUACAAUGGCCCAACUGCUUACAGCCGAUCCGAGACCACAAAUUUGCAUUUUUCAUUUUCAUCUUCUUCUUUUGGGCUUAGAAGUGAGUUCCCCAAAAUAGGUGUUAAAAUGAGAACCCGAGUUUUCAUCAACCCGACCCGGUUUACAACCAAUUUGGGAUAGCUUGUUUUUGAGUCAUUUGAAUGAGUCAUUGCUCUAAAAAAAAAUGCAUGAGUCAUACGAAAAUCCUAAAUAACUCUAUUGAGUCAUUUUCAAAUACUUCCAAUUGAUAAGUCAUUUUCAAAUGACUCAUUAUUUAACUCAAUCUUUCUAAUUAUAUCCUUGCCACUUUUUCAUAAACCCACUUUUGUCCAUGUCUUUCUAUUACUUAUUUCUCCUAUUAUUCUUUUCGCCAAAUUUCACAAGCGCCAAGGAGGGUCAUCUAUCUUAGCCUCUGUCAUUUCCUCGUGACUCUAGCUCCUCGUGUCAACGCGGUUGGUGCCUUCAAGAAAGCGGCGUAAUUAGCUCGAAUGUGAGACUUUUGGAGCCGUUACCUAUUACAAAGAAAUCUGACAUGAAAAUAUUAUUUAAAAUUAGAAAAUGCUACACAUUACUCGUAAUCAUAUGUUUUGUUGGUUUCAAAAUGAUUUUGUUACGUGGUUGGUUUUACGAGGAUACGAAACAAGAUAAUGAAAUAUUACAUGUAAGCACAAAAUGGUAACAUUAUUCAAAUGACUCAUCUAAAAAGUGUCAAAUAGACAAUAGAAUAUGCAAAAUGUCUACAUUCUUUAAUGUCUACAUUUGAACAAACGACUCAUUUUAUAAAUGAGUACUCAUGCAAACGACCCCUUGAUUACACAUUAGGGGUGUGCAAUAGUUCGGUCCGUAUGGGACUGCACUGGACCAAAUAGGCAUUUGGACCGGACCGCACCGAACUGAGUAUAAUACGUUUUGGUCCUUGGUCUUAUGAAUUUUAUAAUUAUUGAAGAGAAAAUGGACCGAAAUAAUUUUUGGAUCGUACCAAAUGCAAUGAUGGUCCGGUACUUGGUCCUAAGAUGUUUCUCACUAAUGAACCUUGAUUCUCGUGAGUUUGGUCUGGCACGGAACGGACCGAACCGUUGCACACCCAUAGUCCACAGUUCAAUUACCCAGUGAUCCGUUUAGUUUGCGAUCUGACUAUCUGGUAACUCAAAUUAGUGGAAUUUUCAAAUGUUUUAUAGUAUAAGUGCUUUGGUUUAUAAAAAAAUAUGUAUGGUACAAAUUUAACUUGUACUUUAAUGUUAUGGUAUAAAUUCAGUUUGUGUAUGUAUUUUUUUAUAAAUUUUUAUACUAGAAACUGAACUUAUAAUAUGACAUAAAGCCACAAGUUGAGUUUGUAUUAACAUAAAGAGCAAAAAAAAAAAUAUGGUAUAAACCGAACUUCUACUUUAAAAUUAUGGUUUAAACUCCUCAAAUAACCAUCACCCGCAAUGAAUAUAACCCAAAUGCGACCUCUAGGUAAAAGAUAUCAAUCUACCCCAAUUUCCAUGCCCACAGAAAAUUAUAAAUUCCUAAAGUAGGAAAAAUGCGUUCGUACACUCUAAAAAUGUUUAUUUACUUAAUUAGUUUUAAGAUCGAGUGCGAAUAACUUAUCUAUUAAAAUCUUGGUUUGGACUUUGGAGCAUAUCCAACGGAAUUAAAAAGGAAAUGAGUGUCGGCCCAUUGAAGAGACAAUAUGGAAAAGGUUCUGAAGCAAGUGAAGCAACCAUCCAUGCUGGAAGUGGAAAGCAGCGAGGAAUCAUUGCCAAUAUUGAAUAAUGAUCACCAUUUCGUUCGUACACUUGUGUAGUUGUGUACUUGUGUUCCCUCUUUUGCUUUUUAAGGUUGAAGCUAGAAAUAGAGAAAAGAAUAAAACAUACAAUUGUGAAGGAAUAACAUAUACGAGAAGUGAUUUGAACGGUACAAUAUCUAUUUUGUAUAUAAGAUGAGAUUUCGAAGUACGUUGAUGUAACUUGAAUCGAACUAUUUGGUUAUGAUUGUAUGUCUAUGGUGAAUAGACUGAUACACUACACGUUUGGGUUGUUGUUAUGAAUCUGGUUGUAAUUGCUUUUUCUUUACCAUAUUAAAUUAGGUUUAGACCACAUGGAGAAGUAUUUGUAUUCUCAUACUUUUCUGUAAUCUGUAUCUUCUCGAAGUAUAGUGAAACUGACUCUCUCCUGCAUGUGAACUAGCUAACACACAUUGUGUUAGUGAACUACAUGAAUAGGAGGUGAAGAUAACAGAGAAGGAGUUCACAAAAAUCACAACUCGACACCACUUGUCAAGUUUUAUUUUUUUUCUCUUUUCCUCUGCAAUUUUUAGGCAUAGUUAUUGUAGCACCCUACUAUUUAUGAUACUAUUGCAUGUUUCCAAUAACCAUAUAUGCUCAUCGGAUAAUCCGACUCAUCAUAGAAUAAUAUCAUUUUUAUUUAAUAUGAUAUUCAACAAAUAUAACUCUAACGGACUAGUGAAUCCUCCUAGUGACAUAAUAGAACGUGGAGAUUUCAGUUUCCCGCCACCCACCUCUCAGCCAUUUUCUGGCCUAACUGGACAGUUAUGAUACACCUGAUAAGGUAUAUCUAGAUGCAUCAUAUAAAAAUUAUAACCUUUAAGGCUUCCACAAUAUCGCAUGUCCUUUAGUCACACCAUCACAUAACGAGAUCACAAGUAAUCAUCAUCACGUUCAACACAUAAUUAUUAUAUCAUACAAUUCAAUUCAUAAUCUCUUGCAUCCACAUUCACUCAGUUGAUAUCCAUGCUUCAGACCUGGGUCACUUCAUUACCCCGAGUACCUCUAUAUAUUAUAUGUAUUAGGGCCACUUCAAUUAUAUCAAUGACUUUACGUCCUUAGAAUUUACCAUUUUGCCCAUCAAUACCAUACAUUGACAUAACCGCAUGAUCAAUCACUUUGAUCAUUUAAGUGACCACUCACAUUCGUCAUACAAUCUGGUCUAGCCAUCGUAGUCCAAUAAUCAUAUACAUUCAUACAUAUAUACAUAAACUCGUGUAUAUGCAUUUUCAUUUUUUUUUUCACAUCGUGUACUUCCCCUGGUAUUUCGCAACUUUUGGCAUCAAGUGUCGUGUCGGUCGGACAUUAUAUCAUUUCGCAGCUUUAGGCACCAUGUGCCAGGCCGAUCGGUCCCUUCGCACCUUUUGGCAUCAAGUGCCAGGCUGGUUGGACCCUAUAUCAUUUCGCAGCUUUUGGCACCAUGUGUCGGGCCGAUCGGACCCUAUAUCAUUUUGCAACUUUUGGCAUCAAGUUCCGGGCAGGUCGCACCCUAUAUCGUUUCACAGCAUUUGCCAUCAAGUGUCGGACCAGUCGCACCCUAUAUCAUUUUGCAGCUUUUGGCAUUCUGUGUCGGGCCGGUCGGACCCUCAUAUCAUAGAGAACACAACGACGCCUUUAAGUUUAAUUUAGGUGAUCCUACAAUUCUUUAUUGAGUCACAUCACAAUUAUCAAACAGUAUCAUCAAUUAUUUAACAUAUCCACUCACGUAAUCAUAACAUUCACAAAGUCACAUUCACCAUUUCAUAUAAGCACAUUAGCGACUUACAGGCUUUUCAGUAUCUUAGUAUUGCCAAGUAGGCUCUUCCAGUAUCAUCAUAUAGCGAUUCAGGCUAUGCAUUAUCCCCUCAUUGUCUCCUAGGCUUUCCAGGAUAGUAACAUUACCUUUUGGGCCAUCCAUUCAUAUCGCAUACACAUUAAAUUUAUCAUUCGCAUUCGCAGUCAUCAUUUAUCACAUAAUCGCGCACAUACAUAUAGUCAUAGACAUUUAUUGAUCCCCUAAGUCAUGACAAUCUCAAGUUUAGACACAUGUGCCAAGUCGAUUACACCUUACAUCAUAAUAAUAUAUAUACUCGAGUACUUGAUCAAAUAUGUUUCAACCUUUGGAUUAUACCCCCACAACCCCCUUCCCACAUGUGGUCCAAUCAAAUUUGAGACUAUCACUUAACCCUCAAACUUUCAUCCAUUUACCAUUAAGACCCCAAACUUUUAUUUUGUUUUUACAAUUCCUUAGACUUAGGAUUAGUUAAGUCAAAACCCAAUUAACAAUAACAUCGGAAUUAUAGAACCCACCAUCUAAUAAUUGGAGCGACAUCACUUAAAUGCAAGUAUGACAUGUAUUAAGUAUAUGAUGGACGAGAAUGUUACGGUUAUAGUUUUGGUGCUCUCAAUAAACCUCCAUAGAACUAUGUCUAAUUUAAUGUAGAUCUGACUCGUAGUUCAUCAAAACAUUGAACAGUCUUGUUUAGAUUUUAUUCAAAGAGGUGUGAACUGUAUUUAUUUUAUCGUUCUUCAAGAAGUCAAGGUACAAAUUCAAUUCUGUUCACACAAGUUUUCUCGCUGGGAAAACAUAUUUGUUGAUCAAUAGCUUGUUUCGUUUUUCUUAUAAAAUCUUUCAUUUAAAAAAUCCGGAAAUUCAUGCAGGAGAAGAACGCUUUCGUAAUCUUUACAAAAAUCGUUGGGGUCGUUUGGAAGUUGGGAUUGUUAAAUAGAUGUAUUGUUGAGAAUGCAUGUAUAAUAUUAUACAUGUAUUGUCGAAUUUGAUGCAUUAUAGAAUACAACGUUUGGUAUGUGUGAUUGUGUAUGUCGCAUCAGCUAAAAGCUGAGACAAAACAAUCUCAACUCAACUAUCUCAACAAUCACAACUAAAAGUUGAGAUAUAACAAUCACUCAAAAUGAGUGAUAGUUUCUGUCACAUCACAGAAACAAUCCAUGUAUUGUUUCUGCUUAAAAAACAAAAAAACGAUACAUUGUAAACAAUAUAUGCAUAAUGACAAUCUCAACAAAACAAUCGCAACUUCCAAACGACCCCGAUAUUCUUCAUUUACUUAAUUAGAUUUGGGAAUCGAGUAGCAACAAUUAAUCUAUCAAAAUCUUGGUUUGUUUUGGAGCAUAUCCUAGACAAGUAAAAAGGGGAUUUUUCCAGAAAUAGCACUGUUUUUAAAAAAAAAUCCUAAAAUAGCACCUAAGUCCGAAAAAUUCCAAAAAUAGCACUCUUUUCCAAAAACCGCUCCUUACCAGUGCGGUUUAGGCGAAAACAGCCACCCAAGGGCGCAUUUUUCGAUGAAAACCGCACCCCCACCAUGCGAUUUGGUUGCAGAUCGCACCCCCAGGGUGCUAUUUGGUUGCAGAUCGCACCCACAGGGUGCGAUCUGUUUUUUUUUUUUUUUUGAAAAAUCCUAACCUAGGUGGAAACUUCAAACGGACGUAUCUUUGUGUUCGGGUAUCCUAUCGUCGCAAAUUUUUUUUGAUUCCGCAUAACUUUUUGAGAUCUUGCAAGCCAAAGGUGGUUUGGUCCCGCCUUCAUCCCAAAAAAUGUCGUUUGCUACCCCGAACGAGCUUUUUUCCGAUUUCGUCAAACUUUGGACAACCAUAACUUUGUGCUCCAAUAUCCAAACAACAUGAAUUUUUUUUUAUUUCGCAUAACUUUUUAAGGACUACAACUUUUAUCAUAGACACAAUUUCAAAAUGUACGUGGAUUGCUGAGAAGGGAAGGUAAGCUAUUCCCAAAAUCCUGUAUAUCCAAAAAUAAUUCCUAUUUUGACUGGGGCAACCUUCCUUGCUGAAAGUGGAAAGCAACGAGGAAUCAUUGCCAAUGUUGAAUAAUGAUCACCAUUUCGUACACUUGUGUCCCCUCUUUUGCUUUAAAGGGUUGAAGGUAGAAAUAAUUUUAUGUGUAUAUUUACACAUUCCGAAGGAAUAACAGAUAAAUGAGAAGUGAUUUGAAUUGUACAAUAACGGCUCUAAAGUCUAAACAAAGAUGAGAAUAAGGG